AUGGCUGAGAUACUUCACUCGUCUAACGUAGUGGGCGUCCACUACCGCGUCGGUAAAAAGAUCGGCGAGGGAUCUUUUGGCGUCAUUUUCGAAGGCACUAAUCUCCUCAACAACCGCCAGGUCGCCAUCAAAUUUGAACCUCGCAAAUCCGACGCCCCCCAGCUCCGCGACGAGUACCGCACAUACAAAAUCCUCGUCGGAUGCGUGGGCAUCCCCAACGUCUACUACUUUGGCCAGGAAGGUCUCCACAACAUCCUCGUCAUCGACCUCCUCGGCCCCAGUCUCGAAGACCUCUUCGACUGGUGCGGCCGCCGCUUCAGCAUAAAGACCGUCGUCAUGGUCGCCAAGCAAAUGAUCACCAGAGUGCAGACCAUCCACGAAAAGAACCUCAUCUACCGCGACAUCAAGCCCGACAACUUCCUCAUCGGCCGUCCCGGCACCAAAAACGCAAACCUCAUAUACGUCGUCGAUUUCGGAAUGGCAAAGCAGUACCGCGACCCAAAGACAAAACAGCAUAUCCCUUAUCGCGAACGCAAAAGCUUAAGCGGCACCGCCCGCUACAUGAGCAUCAACACACAUCUCGGCCGCGAGCAGUCCAGACGAGAUGACCUCGAGGCCCUCGGCCACGUAUUCAUGUACUUCCUCCGCGGAGGUUUGCCAUGGCAGGGACUCAAGGCCGCCACAAACAAGCAAAAGUACGAAAAGAUCGGCGAGAAGAAGCAGACCACUCAGAUCAAAGACCUCUGCGAGGGCUUCCCAGAGCAGUUUGAAAAGUACCUCACCUACGUCCGCAACCUCGGCUUCGAAGACACUCCCGACUACGACUACCUCCGCGACCUCUUCACCCAGGCCCUCCGCUCCGUCAACGAGGUCGAGGAUGGCGAGUACGACUGGAUGAAGCUCAACGGCGGCAAGGGAUGGGACGUCGGCUCAAAGCAUGCUGCCUCCCAGCAUAUGCAUUACUCCAACCCGAACUAUCACUCCUCCAACGACCCGCGCAUGGCAAACACCACCCGCCACUCGCAGGCCCAGCUCACUGCCGCUCGCCUCAACCAGGCCCAGCCGCCUCCACCAUCUCCUGUCGUUGUCCGCCACGGCAGCAAGAGCCGUCGUGGCCAGCAGUCUCCUCAACAGCAGCCUUCGCAGCAGCAGGGACAGGUCCAGAACGGCCAGCGCGCCGAGAAGAAGGGCUUCUUUGAAAAAUUCGGCAUCUUCUGCUGCGGUUAA